AUGUCUCCUACGCCAAACCCAGAAGUGGUGUCCCCAACCGUCCCGAAAACAACCUUCACGAACAUGCCACAAGAAAUGCGAGACGAAAUCAUUGGAUACAUCAAACCAAGAUCAAACCUCUUCGAGGUUAAUUUUGCUACCUUGACAUGUGUCGCAAAACCAGCCAUCACGCGACUAGAGGACAUGACAGACACCUUGAGUCUAAAGCAGGUCACUAGGGACAUCAAAGCUCAGAUAGUCGCAGUCAUGAAGCCAGGACCGAACAGACUGCGAAGGAUCAAUUCUCAAAGCGGGUCUAAUAUCUUUCACUUCAAUCCUAGGAAAGAUAUAGUUCUAGUUGACUGCCGCGACCUUGAUCUUCCCGACGAGGACCCAGUCUAUUUUCCCUCGAAUAUCCCGCAAGGAAUAGCCGACGGCCUUAGCGACUAUCUGCGUGGAGCCUCAACUCUUGUGAUCCGAAAAUUUCCUUUCCUCAAAAAUCAGAGGAUCUGGAUGCGCAUAAUAAAGAGUUGCGCUAAUUUAAAAGCGCUUUAA